AAGGGUUUGGAUUUUGAAAUAAAUGUUUGUGCUACACACAACAAUCUCCGAGGGAGGUUCAAGGAAGCCACCGUUAGACACAGACAUAUAAAUAUUGAUGGCUGGAUUGAGCUUGAAGUCGUCCGAAGCAGACCAUAACUGAGACAUCGUCGACUGUCGAAAGAUCUCGCAGAAUCGGAUACCAUUAGUCUCACUUGCUGCGCCCACCUACUCCUAACCUAGGACUCUGUGAAAAUAACGAAAGUGGAAGAUGCAGCAGCAACCACAAAUGAUUCCUGUGAUGCCUUCCUUUCCACCCACAAACAUAACCACCGAGCAGAUUCAGAAGUAUCUUGAUGAAAAUAAGAAGUUGAUCCUGGCAAUAUUGGACAAUCAAAAUCUUGGAAAACUUGCUGAAUGCGCCCAGUACCAAGCUCAACUUCAAAAGAAUUUGAUGUACUUGGCUGCAAUUGCUGAUGCGCAGCCACAAACACCAGCCAUGCCUCCUCAGCACUUACAGAUGGCCCCACGUCCUGCAAUGCAACCGGGAUACUACAUGCAACAUCCUCAGGCUGCGGCAAUGGCACAAGCUCAGCAACAAGGUAUUUUCCCACCAAAGAUGCCGUUGCAGUUUGGUAAUCCACAUCAAAUGCAGGACCCGCAGCAGCAGCACCUACACCAGCAAGCCAUCCAAGCGCAGAUGGCAAUGAGACCUCCUGGAGGGAUCAAUAAUGGCAUGCAUCCGAUACAUGGCGAGGCUGCUCUUGGUGGUAGUAGCAGUGGGCCAACUUCAUCUUCUGGUGCAAAUGAUGUUCGUGGAGGUAGCAAGCAAGAUGCUGCUGAGGCCGGAACAGCUGGUGGAGAUGGCCAGGGUAGCUCAGCAGCUGGGCAUAAUGGUGAUGGGCCAGAAGAGGCAAAAUGAGAUGACAUCGUGUAAGUUUCCUCAAGAUACAUGUGACUGUUGAUAGUAGAUUUCUCUUGAAAGGCAGCAAUAGUGUGAUCUGAUGACCUUGAAUAGGUCAAGCAAAGAACAAAAACUUUCUCUUGAUAAACAGGUUAGGCAAGUGAACUUGUGUUGUUAGUAUAGUGGCAAGAGGGAGCGGUGGAAGCAAGUGGCUUGUAUAAUCAUGCCCUGUUACAUUUGCGAUUACCUAAAUUGCAUGCUGAUUUUCCAGACUC